AACGAGGACACGAUCGGCCGCGGGGGAUCCCCCCCCCCCCCGUUUAUAAAUUGACGACGACGUCGGGGAGUCCGUCUCGAUCGAUCACGCUCUCAGCCUAAGCUUCCUCGAUGGAGGGCACCGGUAACGACAAGCAGAACGAGUCGGACGAGUGCGACGUAAACGGGGACAAUAGGAAGCGGGAUGACGACGAUUCGACCGGGCAGGAGGACGUCGAGCGUAAGAUGAAGGCGGAGGACAAGCGCGAGUCCCUGGAGAACAUGAAUCUGAAGAACGAGAUGAAGACGCUGAAGAAGACGCUGUCGGCCGACGACGAGGAGGCCGACGAGGAGGACGAGGGGAGCAAGGGGUCCGUCGACGAGGAGGAGCGCAAGGAGACGCGGACCGGCGCGGGCGAGAAGAAGGAGCAGGAGCUGUCGUCCAGCGACAGCACGUCCACCAGCACCACCGACGACGAGUCCGAGACCAGUUCGGAGGACAAGACGGAGCCGUCCAAGCCGGAAACGGCCCCGACGACGCAAACGGAAGUGACUUCGCGGGAGGAGACUUCGAAGGAGGGCACGUCCAAGAACGAGGACACGACGGACGACAGCGAUAUCGAGGAUGAUCUGGUCUCGGCGAUCAAUUACAAUACCAUCACGUCCUUGGCGGCGCUCAAGGAUAUGUUACAGUCCUCCGGGGAGGAUUCCGACGGAGUGGACAGUUUCUUUCACCAUUAUUUCCUGUCGCAUGUAAAUCGGCUGCCGUCGAGGAACCAGACGCACAGCCCGUAUCCCUGGGGUAGGAGAUUGUCGGAGUGCCGGGAGGAGGACGAGUACGAGACCGAGGAAGGGAAGAACGUCGAUAGCCCGAGCGUCGACAGCAAGAAGGACACGUCGAAGGCGCAGAUCGAGAAGACCGACAGUGUUUCCUCGAAGACGUCGAAGGCGUCGAGCCCGUCGUCCUCGGAGAAUUCCAGUUCGGAGAAGAUCGACGAGAAGUCUCUGGCGACGUCCAGCGUGUCGGACGCGAAGCCACCGUCGCCGUCGUUAACGGCGACAACGACGACGACGACGAUGACGGCGAUGGCGACGACGACGACGAUGACGACAACGGGCGCGACCGCGGCGACGACGACGACGACGACGACGGUCGCGACGUCAGUCGGUAGAUUCACCACGUCCACCGUGACGUCGCCGACGUCGACGACGAAGCCUCCGCUACGAAGGCGACAUACCACCGGCCCGGGCAUGACCUUCCCCGCUACCGAUCCCCCUUCGUAUUCCGCUAGCAUGACCUUUUCGAGGACCAGCCCGUUGCCCAGCCCGCAUUUCGACAAGCGGUUCUUCGACAGCAGCCUGAUCGAGAUGAAGAGCCAGGCGAGCAGUACCAGCACCCUCGAUUACGACUCCACGGACGAGGUGUGGGUACGCAGGAUGGAUUUCUUGCAGGAGAGGAAACGGCGGGAGCUUGGCUCGCAACCACUACCAACGAUCGUGACCGAGGACACGGAUAAUUCCGGGCAUGUUUCUCAAGGUCACAGGCCACGAGCAGAUACGUGGGGUUCGCACUCGAAGACAAUCAAAAAGUCGUCUUACGGGAGCGCACCUAGCUCUGGAAAAUCGACGCCCCUUCCGCAGCCGGCCGAGCCGUCGAGCUCGUCGAGUUCCGGCAAGGGCGGUCGAAAGACUUCCGGCACCCGGUCCGGUUCCACCAGUCGCAGUAAUAGUCGCAGUAAUAGCGCGGAACGUCGUAAAAGCGGCGGUGGUACGGAUGACACCGCCAGCCCAACGAGAAAGCCGGCGCUCUUCGACGCUUUCAGACCGAGGAGCAAGUCGGACGCUAGCAAGAGGAAGCCCAGUAUUAUAGCUAAUAUGAAAAGUGCCGUUCAGCAUUCCUUGCACAGAGGAUCGCACGGAAGCUCGUCGGUAGAUGUACAUACGGAGAAGGAGCAUCAUAGAGAAAGCCAGAAGGAACAAAAGGAGAAUAAGGAGCAGGGAAGCGGACGGCCUAGGGCUGGAUCGGAAAGCAGCAGGAAUCCUGUGAGCAAAGUCAUGGAUCUCAUUAGGCACAGGAGCCACAGUGCCUUGAGCGCGGAGGACAAGCGAAAAGCGGUAAGCGGCCCUCUACAUUUACCGUCGACACGCCAGCAGCAGUGA